AUGGAUCACAAUUUCUCAAUGGUUCAAGACGGCAAACAGCUGUUGCUUGAGCGUGACUCGUCCAAACGGGUUCUGACAGGAUGCUUCCUCUCCCUCCUCAUCUUCACAACGCUGCUGGGCAACACGCUAGUGUGCGUGGCCGUCACCAAGUUCCGCCACCUACGCUCUAAGGUCACCAACUUUUUCGUCAUCUCCUUGGCCAUCUCUGACCUCCUGGUUGCCAUCCUGGUGAUGCCUUGGAAGGCUGCAACAGAGAUAGUAGGUUUCUGGCCCUUCGGCGCCUUUUGUAAUGUUUGGGUGGCAUUCGACAUCAUGUGCUCCACCGCCUCUAUCUUGAAUCUUUGCGUGAUCAGCGUGGACCGCUACUGGGCCAUCUCCAGUCCCUUCCGCUACGAGCGUAAAAUGACCCCCAGAGUGGCGUGUCUGAUGAUUAGCGUGGCGUGGACGCUGUCCGUUCUCAUCUCUUUCAUCCCGGUUCAAUUGAACUGGCACAAAGCUCAGACCACCAGCUAUGCCGAAAUCAACGGAACGUACCCUGGCGAGCCGCCCCCUGACAACUGCGACUCCAGCCUCAACCGGUCUUAUGCGAUAUCUUCAUCCCUCAUCAGCUUCUACAUCCCUGUGGCCAUCAUGAUUGUCACGUACACCCGCAUUUACCGCAUCGCCCAAAAACAGAUAAGGAGGAUAUCCGCCCUAGAGAGGGCGGCAGAGAGUGCCAAAAACCGCCACAGCAGCAUGGGGAACACAUCCAACAUAGAAAGCGAAAGUUCGUUCAAAAUGUCGUUUAAGCGAGAAACCAAAGUGUUAAAGACGCUUUCGGUCAUCAUGGGGGUGUUUGUAUGCUGCUGGUUGCCCUUCUUCAUUCUCAACUGCAUGGUUCCCUUCUGCGAGACUAACCUCUCCGAUGAUGGUAACGACUUCCACUGCAUCAGCCCGACCACCUUCGACGUGUUUGUGUGGUUCGGCUGGGCCAACUCAUCGCUCAACCCCAUCAUCUACGCCUUCAACGCCGACUUCCGCAAGGCCUUCUCUAUCCUGCUAGGCUGCCACCGUCUCUGCCCUGGCAGCAACACCAUCGAGAUCCUCAGCAUCAACAACAACGCCGGCGCGCCCCUUCCCAACCCCGGCUGCCAGUACCAGCCAAAAAGCCACAUCCCAAAGGAGGGCAACCACUCGGUGGGGUGCGUGAUGCCCCACAGCAUCCUGUGUCAGGAAGAGGAAUUACAGAAGCUGGAUGGAGGCAUCAUGGACGAGAUGGAGGUAGGUGUAGUAAACAAUGCCUUGGACAGACUAUACCCGGCGGUCUCGGGGAAUUUAGACAGUGACAUGGCAAUCUCUUUGGAAAAGAUCACCCCCAUAACGCAGAACGGACAGCAUAACGCCAUGUCCUGUUGA